AUGCCCGAGGCGAGGCCGGGAGGGCCGCGGGGAGAAGGCGCUUCGGAGCACUCACCACCUCCGCCGCGGUCCCCCGCCUCUUCCUGUCCCGGCCCGGCUCCCUCUCCGUGUUUUCCUUCGGCCCCACUUCCGGCGCUCAGCGCUGUCUCAUUGUGCGCGAUUGGGAGGCGGCGGUGCCCCCGCCCGAGCGCUCCGCCGCGCACGCCGGAAACGCGCGCCGCACCUCCCCGUCCACUUCCGCCGCCGCCGCCGCGCGCCCCCGCCGGGGUCGGGCGUGGGGUCGGGGCGGGCGCGCUGGCUCGGGGCUGGCCUCGCCUGGGCCUGGAGAGCCCGGGCGGUUCUGGGGAGGCAGCCGCUCGCUCCCCGCGGGAGACGCGGAGCCCGCGGCUGGGAGGCCCGGCGUUGCCCCGGCUGCUUCCGGGGCUCACAGGGCAGGGCCAGCCCGGGCCGGAGGCCUCGUGCUGUUUGAGAACGCGAGACCUGGAACAUUACCUGGCUCAUGGCAGACUCUCUAGAAAUGUUUGCAGAAUGAAUGAAAGAUACAGGACAAGCCAGGCUCUGCAGCAAUGGUUCUUCACAAACGUUCGAUUCCCCUCUCUUAUUGAGAUGCCAUGGUGCCAGCCAACAUCCAUGACCCCACAGGUAUUCCACUUCCCCAAGUGGACUGACCUGGGCCUUUUCCCAACAAAGAUGGAUCUCAUGCAAGAUGAAUUCUAGAACCAGCUACUGAAAGUAGGUAAUAAUAAAAUAAUACAAAUUCA